UUAAGGACGGAUUUAAGAAGUUCAAUUGUUUCAGAUUAAAAACUAGAAUAUAAUGGCAGAUACUAAUCAAGAAAAAUCUCAUGUGCCAGAAGAAAUGGGAACCCUCUUCAUUAUGGAUCUGCUAAGGCAGAAGAGAGAGAAAGCACUGCGUGAGAAAAAGGAUGCUAUGAUAAACAAGAUGGCCGCUGAACAGAAAAAGAAAAUGGCGGAGGGUAGAAAGGAGCCCAGUUCUAAUUUGUAUACUCCAGGGGGGUUUGUUGGUAUUGGAGCUUUAACAAGUGGGAGUCCAAAGUGGAAUGCCGGAAAGAGAAGACAAGUAGAAAACGAAGACGACAAACCGCAUGCAGUUCAGUCUGACAAUGAGAUGUUUAUUCUUGGUUUAUUGAAGGAACAAAGUCAGGAGAUAAAAGAUAGAGAUCAUAAAGAGGUAUCGGAGGAGGGGUUGGCUUGUGCUAGUGAUGUAAAUUAUAGGAAGAAGUUUGAAAGAUAGAUGUCACCCAACAACGCCAUUUUGAUUUUGUGACACCAUUUAAAGUUUAUGACGUCAUUUUGAGCUAUUGCCGCCAUAUUGAAUGUUUGACACCAUUUUGAUGCAAUAUGUUUUUUGUUCCUUAUCAUACAAUUUUUAGAAUUUGGUAAAAAUUAAUUGAAAUUUGCAUCCAACCAUUUUUGUAAUAUAAAAAUCUAUUUUUAUUCAUGUUUUCCACAACAUGUUUAGUUUGAUAGUUUUUCGUUAAAAUAUAUUUAUGAUAAAAAUUCAA